AUGAAUGGCAAGAAGCCGAGGGCCAUUGUGGGCUCGGGGCUCGAUUCUAUUUCCGAUCGGUUCCACUCGGCUAUCACCACCUUCGAUGGCAAUAAGCCCGACUCCAAGGAUUUCGAUUUGGGGUCUCCGGUCUCCCCACUAGGGAACAGGCCUACCUCCACCGCCAUCACCAACACCAGCAGUAGCUCCAGUUCGUCUGGCUCGGUCACCGGGAGAACUGGCUCUAAUGCCGUCGCGAGGAAGAAGUACGACGGCAAGAGUCAUUCCGGCGAGCUCGGGGGCUCCGGCGAAAGCCACCCGGCGGCCGUCGACAGCCCCGUUUCGUUGGGGCAGAGAAAUUGGAAACCUGGGCAUCGACGGUCAGGUUCUGGCCAGUUAAUCUUCUCCGGCGGCAGCGCUGGCGGUGGUGGGGGGAGUAGCUCUGCGACCUCCCCAAUCACCAAUGUGCUGCCAACGGGGAACAUCUGCCCGUCGGGAAAGCUUGGAAAGACGGGCAUGAUGAGCCGCAGCACGCCGAGGAGCGACGUGCUGGGUUCCGGCACGGGGAAUUACGGGCACGGCAGCAUAAUGCGAGGCGGUGCUGGGCCGGGGAGGCCGCCGGCCGAAUGUUCCCCAUCUACAGGUAGUCCUGAGAUGGCGGCGGCGACUGCAGUGAGGCGGGCGAUGGCGAGCACGGAUCCGGAGGAGGUGAAGAAGGCCGGAAACGAACAGUACAAGAUGGGUCAUUUCUCGGAUGCGCUGAAGCUGUAUAAUCGGGCGAUCUCGAUGUGCCCAGCUAAUGCCACCUGCCACAGUAACCGGGCGGCGGCGCUAAUUGGGUUGGGGAGGCUGGCUGAUGCAGUGAGGGAAUGCGAGGAGGCUGUGAAGCUUGAUCCAUCUUACUGGCGCGCUCACCAGAGACUGGCUUCCCUGUACAUCAGGUGAGGGUGACCUUCUAUGGAGUCGGCUGAUUAGAUCCCCAUUUUAUCUCCGUUCCUUCGUGCGUUCCUCUGGCUCUUUAUUAGCAAAGUUGGGUCCUGUUUCAGUAAGUGAGAAGAGAUAGAGAGAGGGAGAGGGAGAGGGAGAGAGGUUUCUUUACGUUGUUUUGUUCCAAUGCAGCCGUUUCUUGCUAGAUUCCAGUGUCCUAGAUAUGGGUUGAUGAAAGACCUGAAUGCCAUAGGCCGUAGGUUACGUUUAGUUUCAAUCUUUUUGUUUUUCUUAUAAAAAUAAGGAAGAAAAUUUCAUCUGUUUUCUUGCAUGCCUCGCGUCAUUGAUUUUCAUGUUUCUGCUUUCUAUAUUUCAUAUUUUUCGUGCCUUCACUGGCAUAUUCUCCCUUUUUAGCCUUCCAAACAGAUGUUGAUCUCCAUGAGUUCUCAUGAGAAUUUCCAUGAUUUGUGUCGAUUCAAUUCAAUGAAUGCUUUCUUUCCCAUUACAGAAACCUCCCUUGCUACCCUCAUCACAGUGGAUGAGGAACAAGGGCGUGAGGGUUCCGUUCUUCCUCGCAGACAGGGAAUUGAUUUGACACGAACUCAUGUUAUCCCGACAAUCUGCAGGUUAGGCAUGGUUGAGAGUGCGCAGAAGCAUAUCUACGCUGGGCAGCAGCUGGAUCAGGUAGAAUUGCAGAAAGUGCAGGCGGUCGAGAGGCAUUUGAAAAGGUGCGCAGAUGUCAGGAAGAUCAAAGACUGGGCGAGUGUGUUGAGAGAAAGCGAAGCUGCCAUUGAAGCUGGAGCAGAUUCUUCCUCAUUGGUGGCCAUUCUCAACUUGGUUUCUCUGCGAUUCUCAAGCGAAGGAGAAGUAAUAUAAGCUCUAAUUGUUUUUUAAUCUGUCAGCUAUUCGCUGCAAAGGCAGAAGCUCUUCUCCGACUCCAUCAACUGGAGGAAGCCGAUUCGAUCUUAGCAAAAGCUUCAAAGCUAGAAUUCUCCCUCACAGGCGCCUCCCAGACUUCCUUCUUCGGCAUGCAAUCAAAUGCCUACCUGUUCUUUGUCCAGGCUCUGGUGGAGAUGGCGCUGGGGAGGUGAGGUUUCUGGGUAUAGGAUUAUUCUGCAAGAUAACGAUAAUCUCCGAUGGGUGAGAUGGGUUGAUGGAUCUUUUACAGGUUUGAGAAUGCAGUUUCUGCAGCCGAGAAGGCGGCCCGUGCAGAUCCCAGGAGCUCCGAAGUUGCCACCGUCCUCGCCAAUGUGAGGGCCGUGGCUAGAGCCAGGUCUCGGGGGAACGAGCUGUUCAAGGCCGGCAUGUUCGUCGAGGCCUGUGGAGCAUAUGGGGAGGGCCUGAGAUUCGACCCUUCCAAUCCCGUUCUGUACUGUAACAGGGCCGCUUGCCUCUCGAAGCUCGGGCAAUGGGAGAAGUCCGUCCAGGACUGCAACGAGGCCCUCAGAAUCCACCCCAACUACGCAAAGGCUCUCCUCCGAAGGGCUGCCUCCAAUGGCAAGGUGAAGAGAUUAACCGGGGUCUCCUCUGCUUUUCAUGGCUUGUUUUUGGCUGAGAAUUGUCGCUGUGCUCUGAAACUCUCAGCUCGAAAGGUGGGCGGAGGCCGUCCGAGACUACGAGCUCCUGCGGAAGCAGCUCCCUGGGGACAACGAGGUCGCUGAAGCUCUGUUCCACGCCCAGGUGGCUUUGAAGACGGCCCGAGGGGAGGAGGUUUCCAAUCUGAAGUUCGGGGGAGAGGUUGAGAAGAUCUCUGGCGUGGAGCACUUCCGUGCCGCCAUCUCCUUGCCCGGUGAGCUUCCUUCGCUAUAGCUUCUCUCACUGAGUCAACUAAGAGACCGUCUCUUCAAAACCCUGAGCGGAGAUGUUCAUUACCCGUGAACAUUGGCCGAUGAAACCGUCGGCUUGAUCUCACUCACUCAUCCCGACUCAGGCGAAAGUUUCUUGGAUGAUUGCAGGCGUCUCCGUCGUCCACUUCAUGUCUGGUCUGAACCAGCAGUGCCUCCAGAUUUCGCCAUUUGUGGACUCCCUGUGCACUAGAUAUCCGUCUGUAAAUUUCCUCAAGGUAGGAGCCCCGGGAAUAUUCCCAUGAAGCAGGCUCAUCUUCACAGGCGCUGUUCCGAAGAAGAAAUCAUUCGCUGAAACUGAAACUCCCUUGGUGCUUGUCAAACAGGUGGACGUGGAUGAGAGCCCAGAUGUGGCGAGCUCGGAGAGCGUGAGGAUUGUCCCCACGUUCAAGAUCUACAAGCAGGGGUCUAGAGUGAAGGAGAUGAUCUGCCCCAGCAGGCAGGUGUUGGAGUACUCGGUGAGACAUUACGGCAUUUAG